GUCAAAGAUGCAUUUGCUCAGCUGAUCUGAAUAUUUUUAUUUACAAAUGCCGGUUGCAAACAAACAAGAUUCGUUACUGUCGAUACUACUGAAACAGGUUUCUUCGGUUCCAUUGCAGCAAUUUUAGGCAUGAGAUAAAGAAAUACAAGAAAGUAUGCACUGAUAAAGGAUUAAACCAGGACUACGGUGCCGUCUUGACCCAGUAAUUCUUACACAGAUAUUAGUUGAACGUGAUUGCUUAUCAAGAUUCAACAAAGCUUAACAUAUCAACUUGGUAUAAUUGGAAGCAUGUCUGAGGAAACAACUAUAGAUGAUCUGCCCGAAGAGAUGCUGGAGACGAUCUUUUCACACCUGGACCUAGAAGACCGCAAAUCAGUAACCGCCGUCUGUCACCGAUGGUCCCGACUAGCUCUUCGCUGGUCAGAACUUCAACUGGAAGUGGAUUUCCGAAAGUGUGGCACGGAGGAAUCCUACCGGCGGACACUUCUAGUCAGCCAGCGACCGUACAGGCACUUGGUGUGCUACUUCGGCUACGAUUACGCCGUGGGCGAUUUGCUGCUGUACAUAUUGGCCAAAUUUAGUGAAAGUCUGGAAACGGUGAAGCUGAUACCGAACCAGUUUGUUCCGGUUGAACUUUCGUUCUUUGCUAGUCUAACUAAAUUAAGUGCUAAUCUUAAGAAGCUGCACAUCGAUGCCUGCAACUUUCGGGACAACUCGGAUGGCGAACUCGAGUUUCAUCCGCUCAACAAUCUCCAGGAUCUGUACCUGGAGAACAACCUGCUGGAUCUUCCGGGAGGACACGACAUCCGGGAGCUGACACCAAACAUCACCGCUCUUCACGUGCAAAUCAGUUACUACUCGGAUCGACCGCUGCACGUUCUCCGACAUUUUGGGCCCCGUCUGAAGGAGCUGGAAGUGUGGUUUCUAAGUGAAGAUCGCUUUCUGGAAGUCUGUUCAAUGGAAUUUCCACGCUUGCGAAAAAUCAACUUUUACUGUGUCGAUUGGAUAUUCCAGGAUGCAGACACGAUCCGGAUGGUGCAGCAGUUCUUCCGGAAGAGUCCCGAUCUACGGGAGGCCACUCUUAGGUGUAACAUGAUCACGCCGAUUCUGGCGGAUUUGGCUAAUAGCUGUCUAAAUUUAAGCUUUCUCUGUUUGAGUAUGGAAACUGUGUCGGCAGAUUGCUUCCGGUGGUUCAGUUCCCUGCGAAAUCUGAAGGUUUGUACAAAGAAACUCCUGAAACUAUAACAGAAACUAUAACAC